ACUUUGACCGAAUAACCAACGCUUUCCGUAUCUUUUAGUAUUAAAAAGUUUGUUGUUGCGGAAAAAACAAACUCAAUGGAAUAAAUCGCGAACAUGUCCCGCUAUCGGUCCGAUCCAGAAUCGCUGGAUUUCGAAAAACCGAGUGCCUGUGCCAAUUUUUUGAGAUACAGUUGGAAAACUAUUAGAUGUAUUUUUUCGCAUGUCACGUUAAUUUCCAUGGUGGUCAGCUACUGUUGGCUGGGAGCUGUCACUUUUGAAUCGUUAGAGUUGGAUCACGAGAUUGAAGUCAAAAAAUCUAUUCAAUACAUCAGAGAAAACACUACAACGUACCUAUGGAACUUCACCAACAAAUCGGGAGUGCUUCAAGAAGAAGACUUUAUACCGGUGGCCGAGAAAUUCCUCAAAGAAUUCGAAAACUCAUUAUUAAAAUCUAUGGCGAAAGAUGGCUGGGAUGGAGACGAAGACCCUAAUAGGGUACAAUGGACCACGUCUGGAGCUUUGUUUUAUUCAAUUGUUGUUAUAACGACUAUUGGUUAUGGUCACAUAACUCCAAAAACCAAUUGGGGUAAAGUAGUAACCAUCUUCUACGCCAUACUGGGUAUCCCUCUUAUGUUGCUAUGCCUCUCUAACAUAGGAGACAUCAUGGCCACAUCUUUUAGAUUUUUAUAUUGGAGGGUAUGCUGCUACGUGUGCCAGAAAAAACCGAAAAAACGGCAAAGGGGUCGGUCAUUUAGGAUGUCAGUUAAAGCAGAUUCCCGAUUGUCUCGAUCAAAAUCCGCUACUUCAUUUAGGAGACCUAUAAGAACUUCUGGAAAAUCAGCUGAUAGUGGAUAUGGAGUAUCUGAAAAUGGUCCCGUAUAUCAUUCAGAUACAGAACUAAGAUAUCCCGAUGAGUUUAAUCAUAAGCCCCUCACCUCUAGAGGUGCUAGUGUACCAAACAGUCGCCCCAAUCGUUUUUCUGAACCAACAAAAUCCGCUACGAAUCAUCGAGUGAAUAAUUUGCCAGCCAGAGGAAGCUCAUUGGAUAGAAAGAAGGUUAAAGAGAUGGAGGUAGAUCCGAUGUUGUUGGCUAAUACUCCAAUUUUGUGUAAUAAGUAUGUGAUCGGGGCUGAUGAUAUUUUUACUGGAAAGAUUCCAGGCAUCACCUUAAGAAAAGUUGAAACCGAUGUAAGAGAUCCUUCACCAGCUAGACGGGCAGUUUCUGCCCCUAGAACAUCCAAUUAUCUACAACCUCCAAGGAGUUUUACUCCCGAGUCAUCAUCUGAAAGAGAUGAUGAGGAAAUACCCAAAAAUAGGCGGAAAAUUAAGCCUAAGAGAUCGCGUUCUCCAAUGCCAAACUCUAGCCCAAAAAUGAUGACCCCGUUAGGGUACGGACAAAAAACGAAAUAUUUAGAUGACCCGUCUGACUCUGAAGAUGAAUAUAAUUCUUAUUAUGAGCCAGAAGGUAAAGGCAAGCCCAGGCCUGUGCCUAUUUGGUUGUGUGUCUUACUUGUUGUAGGAUACAUUUUAGCUGGGGCUUUCCUGUUUCAAUACUGGGAAAACUGGAACUACCUGGAUGCGGCUUAUUUUUGUUUCAUUACGUUGACCACUAUAGGCUUUGGUGAUUUAGUUCCUGCAAAACGUGUCACGAACGAUAGUUAUGUGGCUACAGUUGGUAUAGCCUUGUGUUCUUUAUAUCUUCUCUUCGGUAUAUCCUUGCUCGCGAUGAGUUUUAAUUUGGUGCAAGAGGAGGUGAUUUCAAACGUGAAAAGUGUUGCCAAAACUUUGGGGAUUAUCAAGUCAGACUCGGAUGAUUCUGAAGAAGAAAUUUAGUUUUUUAUAUUAUAAUCUAGUUUCGGUUUUUAUAUGUAUAGUAGAUAAUAAAUAUCUAGGAAGUUU